UGGCAUCAUCCAAUCAUCUGGCAUCUGGAAACUGUUUUGUGUGUUCGAGAAUGGCAAAAUUGGCAUCAUCGAUCUUCCUCAAACCAGAGAUAUCAUCUUCCCAGAUUCUUCUUAAAUCAUACGCUAACUCUUUUGCAGGAAAUGCUGAAUUCUUAACGAAACAACAAUUUCGAUUCUUCCAUCAUCAUCUUCACCGUUCUCUGCCGGUUCUGAUCCAUCGCAACCCUAUCUCUAGCCUUCCUCUGUUCCGAUCUCGAAUCAUGUCAUCUUCAAUCAACAAUCCCAAUUCCCAGCCUAUAAAAACCGUAAAGGUGAUGGUCAAAGGUAAGGUACAGGGGGUUUUCUACAGGAAUUGGACAAUAGAUAACGCAACCGAACUAGGAUUGAGUGGUUGGGUUCGUAACCGAAGAGAUGGGUCCGUUGAGGCAGUUUUCUCCGGUAACCCUGAUAAGGUGCAGGAAAUGGAGGACAGGUGUAGGCGCGGUCCGCCGUCGGCAAUUGUUACUGGUCUUAAUGUCUCUCCUUGCAAUGAGGUUCCUGGAAUGGGAUUUGAACGCAGAUCAACUGUUUGAUAAAAUGUGAAGCAUGAAUGAUGAACAAUUUAGCUGGAGUUAUGUCAUUUGUGGUUAUUAAUCAUUAAUGUCUUAGAUUUGUUUUCCAAUAAAACAUU